UGUCCGUAAAGGGGAUUAACUUGUUUAUCUCGUCGUAUCUUGCAUCUGUUUGUUGGUACACGCGAGGCAUACUUUAAUUACUAAACAAUAACAUACCGCCAUAACAAGUGCUCCAUAGACGAAGGCCUACUUAAUUGUUUUGGCUAUAACAGUCUUCGAUCUACGCUGCGUUUGGAAGUGAUCCGGACGCCACGGUACACGGCGCGUAUUGCGAUGCGAGUGCAUGGUUGAGAGGAGGUCCCCCUAUGAGGUCGCUGUGGUGAUCACCGUCCGGAGAUGGGGGCCGAUGCCAGUAGAACUAGGAAGAGGCCCAGCGAGGACGAGCAGAGCUCCUCCGGGUGGCGUGGCUUCCUCUCUGGGGUGGGCCUGUCUCUGCCGGGGGGGUUGUGCCACCUGACCCCGACGGCCCUGCGUCUGGGCCCUCGGAGGAUGCUCCAGGCCAAGGCCCCUGACAUCCCCGACCACGUGCUGCGCCUGGCAGGGGUGGGACCCGACAGGCUGAGGGCUGAGUGGAGCCUGCCCAACUUCAUCUCCAUGUUCCUGCCUGAGUUUCCCCACAGGAGCGGCCCUGGACCCCAGGACUUCCAGGUGCUCGGUUACAUUGCCAAAGGAUCUUUCGGACCCAUCCUGAAGGUCAAAGACAAGGUCAAACAGAAAAUCUACGCAGUCAAGGUUAUACCCAAGUCGGAGAUCUUGAGGCAUGGUGUUCUGGAACAAUCUAAAGAGGAAGUCAUAGUCCAGCGUCAGGUCCAUCACCCAUUCGUCCUUGACCUCCAGGACUGCUGGCAGACCCAGCGCCACCUCUACAUUAUGUGUGACUACUGCAGCACAGGGGACCUGUACACGUACUGGGUGAUGAUUGGUCGGUUCUCAGAGGACACCGUGAGGGUGUACGCCGCUGAGCUGGGAAGUGCUCUGGGAUUUCUUCAUGAUUUCGGAGUCAUUCACAGAGAUGUGAAGAUGGAGAACAUCCUGCUUACAGAAAAUGGCCACCUCCGUUUAGCAGAUUUUGGUUUGUCCCGUCGGCUGGAGCGGGGUGGACGGGCCUUCACCAUCUGUGGAACCAUCCAGUACAUGGCUCCUGAGGUUCUGAGUGGUGGACCCUACAACCACGCCGCUGAUUGGUGGUCCCUGGGCAUCCUCCUCUUCUCAUUGGUUACUGGAAGGUUCCCCGUGGCUCCAGAGGUGGACCACUGCCUGAUGCUGCGGAAGGUGCGCUGUUUCCCCUACGAGAUGCCCCUGGACCUGACCCCCCCUCUAGUCAUACUCAUCACAGAGCUGCUGUGUAAGACGCCAGCGAGACGUCUCAGGACGCUGGAGCGGUUCAGGCGGCAGACCUUCUUCCAUGGAACCACGUCGGACCUGGUCCUGCUCCAGCGCCAGCCCGUUGAUGUGAUCCUAGAGCUGAGAGAGAGACCGGACCGCUCUGCCAAGGCUCGGCGAGGGCUCACCUUGUCCCUGCAGCCUUUCCGGGGCUUCGACUACGACUCUCUGCUCAGCCCACCCGAGACCCCCGUUGCACACCCGGAUGAGCUCACACAGACCCUUCCCUCCUCCGCCCCGCCUGGCCCAGGGCAGCCCCUCGAUGACCCCACACAGAGCGACCCUGCCUCCGGCCUGCCUGGCCCAGCGAGCCUGCUCCUGCGUCAGGCGUCGGUGGAAACCGUCUCUAGGUGUGAGGUGUUUGUGUGAAGAAACUUGUGGAUUGGUAGUAGUACCAAUAUGACAAUUACAAGGCUACUUAUUUGAACUCACACAGAGGGAUAACACUGUGUAAAGCGUGGUGGGGGAGCUUCCUGCGACCAAUCGGUCUAGUUAAAUUACCUUGACUUUCAUUCCUUUUUUGUAACCGUGCGGCUACAUGCACGUAUCCCGAAAUAAUUUGCCUUCCUGUGAUGAAUACGCAACCCUUCAUCACAUUGGUUUACAUACUGUUACUGAUAUUUUCCUAGAACAAUAUAUUUGUUACAACAGGACAGAAAAUCACAGGAUGAGUUAAAGCAAUCUCCUUCCUAUCUUGGUUGAUCAGGUAUUUUUCUUUCAAGGUAACUACACAUUUUGUAGACCUUGAAUUCUCUGUCUGAUUAUUAUGGAGAUCAGUCUCAAACAAUAUGAGCAGCACAGUGUGAUCUGUCCAUAUUCUAGGGGUAGACAACAUGGGCCUAUACAUAUAUGCAAUAUUUUUUAGAAAGGUGAUUGUUUGCCCACUUCAAACUAUCAGUGUAUUCCAACCUAGCUGAGUUAUUUAUGAUUUAAAGACUAACAAAGAAAAUUACUAUGACAAGUAUUUAAACAUCAGAAUGUUGUCCUGGAUGCAGGUUGAAGGAUACAACACUGUUGGCAAAAUAGUUUUUAUUUAUUAUUUUAUAAAAAAAUAAAUAACCAAAAAACGUAAAACAUAGGCAUGCUUCCAUCUGUAGUCCUUCCAUAAGACUCUCCAAGACCGCCAACUGCCUGAAGUCUAGCCCCGUCCCACACAACUGCCCCUAUAUAUUAUAUUUAUAUUAUGCAUGACAUAUUAUAUAUUCAGAUGUGAAUGCCUUUUUCUUAUGUUUUGGACUGAUUCCCCUCGACAUUCAUGACAUUGCGCCUGAAGAGCACAUUGUGGGUUUCCCCCCGUGUCUCCGAAAUGUACAAUUCUUUUUUAUUUCCUAAAAGCCACUGGGACUGUAAAUAAUUGUUAUAUUAUUGGCAAUAAAUAAACAAUUUAUAAAACAAGUUAUUGUUUAUUUGUUGU